GUCUAAAUCCCAUUUUUUAACUUCUCACAUAUUUCAUUUCUACAAGAUCCAACCACUAUUCAUUAAGCUUUUCUCUAAGUUCAAAUGGAAAACUCAGCACUGAGCAACUGCGUGAGGCGUACGAUAUUCUCUACUCAACAGAGAACAAUACAAGAGGGUCUAGAAGAGAGUAGUUGGACAAUGUACUUUGAAACCGAAGAUCGUACAUGCCAUUAUGAUGAUUCUUCCAUGAUCUCAGACGCUGCGUCCCCUAUGGCCUAUGUCGAAGAAGACACGGCUUCAUCUCCUUCUAAAAGAACCAAGGUAAAUCCAAAGAGAAGACAAUACAUAAAAUGAUCCAGACAUAGACCUAAACAGCAAUUCACAUAUAUAUGUGCUUUUGGGUGAUGAUUUAUGCGUUAUAUAUAUGUAUAUUAAUCUUGGCUAUGCCUGUUCGUUUAGGGUUACAGUGAAAUGGAAGACAAUACCACAGAAGAAAAAAACAUGAACAAUACUAAAACUGAGGUAAGAAACUUUCAACAUGUUUUUUCAGUCAUAAUUUCUGACAAUUUUUUUCUGACGAGCUACAAAAAUAUUCUUACGGGUUUAUAGGAGAAGGGAUUGAAUAAGAAAGGGGUAAUAAAUGAAGAUUAUUGCGCAGAAUUGAAGAAGCGAGGACUUUGCUUAGUUCCUUUGUCCAUGUUGUCCAACUAUAUUGGUUGAUACUUUGAUUGUUUUUUCAGUCAUAAUCUUUUAAUUUUUAUUGUGAAUUAUUUUUGUCUGUAAAAUCUAUAGAAUGGACUAGUAAAUGACUAAAUGUAGUGAAAGUCGAAUCAAUGCUGGAUGAUGUACUUUAUGUAUAAACUAGACUCUGCCAGCGCGGAUAUGAAUUUUCAGUUUUUAAUUAUUUAUUUUAUUAAAUGAUGUAUUUGUAAUAUUCGUUCAUAUUAUAUUCAUUAAGUAAAUAUUUUUUUUGCAUCUUAAACUAUCUAUUUUUUUACGAAUGUGUGAUAUUAU